GCUCCCUUCGCUCCCUUCACUCCAAUUAUCGCCGGUUACUGGUCAGCAUCGAGCUUCCAAGAACUCGGAGGGUGAUCGAUGUCGAUGGUUAAGAAGGAGGCAGAGAUAGGCGCGCUGCUCCUCGAUUAGGUUCACUCGUUUCGUGUCAUGUCAUCCGUAGAACGUCUGCCACCGGAAAUUCUGGCAGACAUAUUCUGCUGCUGUCCUCGCGAACACUCAACUUACGAUCUUUCAUCAACAAUAUGGACGGUUGGGCGGGUUUGCAGAACUUGGCGGGAAGUCUCAAUUACCACGGCUGAGAUUUGGACUGAGAUUUACAUCAAGUUAGAUGAAUUGGCUCACCGGGAAGAGGCAGGCUGUAUCGACAUGCUUCGUGCGGUCUUGGAACGAACAUCCGGAUUACCACUUCACAUACACUUCAUUUUCCCGAAAUAUCGCUUGAAGGACCACUAUCAGAAAGUUGUUGAUGUUGUACGAAAGGAGUCACAUCGAUGGAUAUCACUCAAGUAUGAUGCUUCCUCGUUUAUGGCCUACUCCACGGAUUCCUUCUCCAUGAACCAUCCCAUCCCUACCAUUUAUCCAGCCCAGAACUUCGAACCAAAAUCUCUCCCUAUCCUCCGAGAGGUCGAAAUAAGUACCAAGUUUCAAUCGCAGACCGCUGAUUAUAGGCUAUUUCGAGCGAUUGGGGGUUCCCCCGUACUAGAGAAGCUUAUACUAUCUAACUUGGACUUUUCGAACAUACAAGAGGUGAUGCCAGCGAUACCCUGGGGACAGCUCAAAUAUCUUGGGAUUCUAGCUGGGGAUAAUCCCCUUCCGGUACCACUUGCCAUUUUGACAGGCAUCCUACAGAGAUGCAGCAGUCUCGAAAGCCUCGUUGUAGAUCAAUGUCCCUGGGAAACCAGGCCGGAGGAGUCACCAGGACCACCCACUCUUUCCACUCUACGCUCACUCGAAAUUCAACGAAAUCCUCACUGGGGGAACGACCUUAUCAGAGCGUCCAUUGAUCUGUCGCACAUCGCGAUAGUUCCUGCGUUGGAUCAUCUAGGAUUAUCGAACUUCGACCUCUGUCAAGAGAUUGAUCCCUUCAUUAGAGCAAUCGAGGACUCGAGUUCCGAGCUGCGUUCCGUCUCACUCAGGGACAUAGCUCUCUCUGACAUUACAGUGGAGCGCUUUCUACGAGCAGUCGGAAGCAAUCUAAGAAUUUUGACACUCCAAGGACAGGUGUUUGACCACUUAUUCGACUACAUCGCGUCUGAUUACCAAGGCACCUUUCUCCCAAAACUGGAGAAACUAGUCGUCAAGCUGGACGGAAGUACUGUCAUAUCUCCACCACUCGACGCUGUCAUCAAGGCAGUUCGAGCAAGGGUUUCACCACCCGACGGCACAUGUAAGCUGAAGGCGGUCGAGGUUGAUGUAUAUGCUGAAGAGGCGGGUAUCGGACUUGUAGAGGAGUUGGAAGCCAUAAACAACCACAAGCUACAGAUCGAAGUUCACCGUAUCGAGGCUCCUUAUCAUGACGGAACCGAGGUAAACAGGAUAGUUAGGCUAGGAAAGUUCUUGAACACUACGUUCUUUGGUCAACACUGGGAUCUGGCUGGGGAUUUGAUAAAUCUACACGAAAACAUGCCCAUGCUUGAUACUGUCUUCAAAAUUUUGGAGAAUUGUUCGAGCGAAGUCUAUGAGGACCGAUCGAAUAUCCACUCGUUAGCGAAGUUACGCCAGGUCUUGGAGAAGUUUUUUAAGGGUAAAGAUGCGAUUCCCAAGAAUUACGAUCUAGCAAAGAGAGCCGAACGGUUGUUGGACGACCGUUUUGGGUGGAAUCCGAAUGGAAGGAAGCGUCAUCUGGUGUGAAAUCUUUGCAUUAAUACGGCUAUCUGGACCAGAAUUACCUCCUUAUUGGAAGCACCCUGCGCCUUUAGUUUACCGGUUUACGGACCUAGAAGUUGGUGAACAUUAUCCCACGGUGCGGGGUCUCUUACGAGACGGAAACACUGCACUGAAAUAAAUUAUCCCACGC